UAUGUUGUGCGUUGUCUUUUUGUUCUCAUGCUUUAUGACAAUACCAGUGGAUUGCGAGAAACCAUGUGGUAUUUCCGAGACGUACAAAUCAAUUCUUCGAAACUGCUUGCCUGCAGUGCUGAAUGCCGCAUUGGACGAUCGACUGAAAUGCUCUUCUAUUGAUUCGUACUGGACAUGUGUGAAACAUGUUUCAGCAGUUUGUAAUGUUCCUGUCAGUGGACUUAUUUUUGACCUAGCUAGUGAAGUAAUCAAAGACCUUGUUUGUAGCGGGACCAGGCUGAAUUAUUCACUGCCGCUACAAAUCUUUGGUAUCGUGUUCUGUUAUUUCGUACUUCAAAAACACCGUGGUUAUUAUUAG